UAUAGGUGUCUAGUGUUUGGUAUCUUAGGUUAGGGUAGUUGUUUUCGUAAUUAAAAUCUUUUACCGAGAUAUUAUUGAAAUGUCAUAACGUUGUAAUGAGUUAUUUAAACAAUUACAGCGUUUGAAUAUUCACAUACAAUUUUAUAACGAAUGAUUGACAGUUUUUCGCGAACAAAAUUCAAUGCGUUAUGGAGUGAAGAUAGCCAAAAUAUUUUCUAUAACUUUUUUUUUUUAAUUAUUUUAUCAUUAUCAAAGUUUUAUUAAACUGAAUUGAUUAAGAUUAAAUCAAAGGGUAUAUUCAAGAGAAAAUGGCAACUCACGAGUUGGAAUCGUCAUAUAUGUCCAGAAAUGACAAUAAUUGGAGGAGAAACAUUAUCUCACAGCUUCGCGAAAGGAACAGGAUUGAAACAUUUUGUUUUUCUGAUCUCAUCACUUUACAUAAUAGAUUAUUUGAAAACGUAAAUACACUACGUUGUCAAAAUAUGCAGUUGACAAUAUCGAAUGAAAAUUUAAGACGUGAGAGUUGCAAUAGUCCAGGACCAAGUGCCAGUUCAGUUAACGAAGCACGCCUGAAACAAACUGAAGAAUUAACCGCAUUACACAAGAAAAAUGGAGAACAUAUGCAACAAAUUGUAGAUCUUAAUAAGAAAAUGCAAGAAAUGAUAAAAGAACUACACGCUAAAGAAGCAAGUCUUGCGGAAUGUAAGGAAACUAACAGCAUAUUACGCUCAGAUAUAGCAAAAUAUCUAGCUAGAGAAAGAGAAUAUGAGAGUAUAAAUCAAAUGCUUAAGGAUGAACAUCAAGCUUUGCAACUUGCUUUUGCAUCUUUGGAAGAUAAACUUAGAAAAUCACAAGAAGAAAAUCGUCAAUUGGUAGAACGGUUGAUUAAAUACAAAGCAAGAGAUGCAGAGAAAAUGAACGAAGAAAAUGAUAAUUUUUUAAAUGAGAGUUUUACCAGUCCAACAGCCUUUUUGAUGAAUACCAUAUCUAAAUUUGGAAAACGACAAGCAAAAAUGCAAAAAGAGUUAGAAGAUGCUGCUCGUGAUACACGACCUGUUAGUCCUGAUAGAUCGAGUUUAAAAGAAGGUGUUGCUGGUCUUCCUACUACAGUACCAACAAAAGUGUCCGUCUCAUUUAAUGCUCACGAGGGAGAAGUGUACGCCGUAAAAUGGUCUCCAGUCGACAGAAUCCUGGCCACCGGUGGAGCGGACAGGAAGGUGAAACUGUGGAGUAUAAUUAAAGGCACGUCCGAAUGUAAGGGAGUGCUCGUCGGUAGCAACGCCGGUGUAAUGUCGGUUGACUUUGAUUCGACGGGUACCCUCAUCCUUGGAGCUUCCAACGACUUCGCCAGCAGGGUAUGGACCCUCAAUGAUCUUCGGGUUAAGCACACGCUUACGGGCCAUUGCGGUAAGGUGAUGGCGGCUAAGUUUCUUGGCGAGCCCUCAAAAGUAGUUUCGGGCAGUCACGAUCGCACUCUCAAAAUCUGGGAUUUACGUAACAAGGCGUGUACGGAAACUAAAUUUACUGGCUCGAGUUGCAAUGAUCUUGUGACGUCGGACGGUGCCGGUUCAACGAUAAUCAGUGGUCAUUUCGAUCAAAGGAUAAGAUUUUGGGACACCAGAGCGGAAUCGUCAUCAAACGACAUUAUUCUCGAAGGAAAGGUUACGUCAUUGGAUUUAUCUCGCGAUACGAAUUAUCUUCUUAGCUGCGUACGAGAUGACACCGUUAAGCUGAUAGAUUUACGAAUGAAGAAAAUUAUUGGAUCGUUUAGUGCUGACGGCUUCAAAGUUGGUUUCGAUUGGACACGGGCAGCUUUCAGUCACGAUGGUCAAUACAUCGCUGCUGGUUCUUCCGACGGAUCCGUUUUUGUUUGGUCUGUAGCGACGCAUAUGGUUGAAAAUGUGCUAAAAAAUCACGCGGCAACUGUGACGGCUGUCUCAUGGCAUCCACAUGGAACUUUCCUAGCAUCGGUCGACCGUUCGAAGACCGUUACAAUUUGGGGCGACUACGUUUGAUAGGACGAACGAUUCAACUACGACAAACGAUUGUUGUUUCACGGCUGACGACUAGCGUGUUUUAUCCUCUUCUACUACCAUUCCUCAAUUACCAUUCUCGCUUGGUGGAACAUUUUCAUGGGAAAAGAACGAAGUUAACGUCGGGCCCCACCCACCCUUAUCUCAGCACCCUUUCAACAUAGGGCCACCAUCGAGGAAAACAACAACGACGACGACGACGACGACGACGACGACGACGACGACGACGAGGAGGAGGAGGAGGAGGA